AUGGCCUCGAUCAUUAGAUCACUCACUAAUUAUAUCGUUUACCAGCCUGGCCCAUCACUCCCAGAUGGCUUUAUCAAGGUCAAUUCUGUGACGCCCCAAAAGUUGGGUGAUCUUGGGCCCGCCACAUUUUCUUCCACUCUCGUCGUUUCUCCGGCCAGUGCCAACAAGCGAAAGAGCUCCGAACUCGACGAUUCCGAACAGGAAACUCUUCGCUCGCCAACUGACCCCCCUCGACCCAUGACCCCCACUAAAGUUCCUCAUAUUUCUUUUUGUGUCGAGGUCCCAUCUCCUUCUCUCGCUUUAGACCAAUACGUCAAGGUCGAGCCUAAACACGACGGUCUAUCUGAAAAGUACUACCCGGUCGAGUCCGUCGAACGGAGUGAAGCUUUUGACCGCCGGUAUCCGUACAAACGGGCUGUUAAGCGCAGUCUUGUUUCCCUGUCUGCGGAUGUGGGUGAUCGACGUGGCAGAUAUCCAAGCACGGACGACCUCGAGACGAUCCAGCGCGCCUCUCUAACGCACAGCCUCUCUCGUCUACAGGCUAACGGCCCGGAGGUAUUCUUCAAUAUUGAAAAGCAAAAUCUGUUCAUGCUUGCUGCGUCUAAUUUCGGCUUCAUCCAAGAUUAUGUCUUGAGAGAUGGCGUUCAGCAGGUUCCAGAAGCUUUCAAUUCCGGUUGUGAGUGUGCGGGAGGCGCAUGUGAGCCUGAUAAAUGCAGUUGUCUUGCCACGGAAGAGGAUUCGGAAGAAUUGAUCGUCCCGUAUCAAUUGGGGAAUAUGGCACUUGAUCCGACCUUUUUAAAACGCAAAUCAAUGAUCUAUGAAUGUAAUCAUCGAUGCGGCUGCCGUGGUAACUGCCGGUUCAAUGUGACCCAACGUGGCCGAAGAUUCCGUUUAGAGAUCUUUCACACUGGUAACCGUGGAUUCGGUCUUCGUUCCCCAGAUGAUAUCCAAAUCGGGGAAUACCUCGACCGCUACCUCGGCGAAGUAUUGACCAAAGAAGAAGCCGACCAGCGCGAAGACGACCAGAAGAUCUCCUAUCUCUUCGGCCUUGAUUUCAUGGUUGGCUCAACCGAUAUUUCAGAGCAGGAGAUCUAUGUGGUGGAUGGACAGAAAUUCGGGAAUGCCACCCGAUUUAUGAACCAUUCUUGCAAUCCCAAUUGCAAGAUAAUUCCUGUCUCGAUCAAUCACGGCGACGAAAAACUCUACUAUUUGGCAUUUUUUGCCCUCCGCUACAUCCCCGCGGGAACAGAGUUAACCUUCGACUACAACCCAGGAUUCGACAAGAAAGAGAAGAUGUCGUCCGGGGCUGUAAAGUGCCUCUGCGGCGAUAGGAAAUGUCGCGGCCAGCUUUGGCCAAACGCGCGCAAACAGAACCAACAGGGUUUCGCGGCUGACACUUCUGCUGACUCUAGCAGCUCUGAUGAAUGA